AGUCCCGCCCACCCCAAGCCUGUUCCCGGAAGUGCUGCUGUGAUCGCGGGCGUGAUGGCUUCAAGGUUACUUCGUGGAGCUGGCGCCCUCUUCGCGCAGGCCCUGAGGACUCGCAGUCCCAAUGGAGUCGCCGCGGUGCGCUCCAUGGCCUCGGCAGGUGGCAUUCCUACUGACGAUGAGCAAGCCACCGGGCUGGAGCGGGAGAUCAUGAUGGCCGCGAGGAAGGGACUGGACCCAUACAAUCUACUUGCUCCCAAAGCGGCUUCCGGCACCAAGGAAGACCCUAAUUUAGUCCCUUCCAUCUCCAACAAGCGAAUAGUAGGCUGUAUCUGUGAAGAGGACAAUAGCACUGUUAUCUGGUUUUGGCUGCACAAAGGCGAGGCCCAGAGGUGCCCCAGCUGUGGAACCCAUUACAAGCUGGUGCCCCACCAGUUGUCCCACUGAAUCUCUGCUAACUCCCUUGAAAUGGGUUGUGAAGUUUUUCUCCAAUAAAUACUAGCCAUUGUGUUGGCUCCUUCUCCCAUA